AUGGCAAUAGACUUAGAGCACGAGCAUAUUGUGGAAGAGUUGGUGCAGUUGAUGUCAGAGGAAGACUUGGAACUAACAGAUAAUUGGGGUUGGACAGCUCUAGCUGUUGCUGCAAAUAGAGGAAAUCUCAAAAUGGUUGAAUGCAUGGUUAGAAAGAGCAAGAAAAUACUUAGUAUUCCCAUUCGGAAUAUGACUCCAAUUAUCUUGGCUUCUAUGAAUGAACAAUGGGAUGUCGUUCAUUAUCUUUACUCCGUCACUCCCCUCCAAGAUCUAAGGCCAGAAAAAGGACCAUACGGCUCUACACUUCUCACCAGCUUAUUAUUGGCAUGA